AUGCAACGUGGAAGAGGGCGCGGGAACCUCCAUCGGACGUGCGAAAAAACCGCGCCCGCUAAAAUUUUAGCGUCAUCCUACGCGUUAAACCUGCCACGCGCGCAUCCAACCGCCAGAAGUUUCAUCCGCGUGUCGCUUCGCCGACCUCCACCUCGCUCCGUGUCGCUACCGCCGCGCACCACGUCGCUCGCACCGCCGCUCCACCUCCACGUCGACGAGAUGCCGCCCCGCCGCCGCUCGAGCUCCGGCUACCGCGGCAUCCGCGCGCGGCCGAACGGCACUUUCUACGCCGAGAUCCGCAGCGGCGAAGAGCGCAUCGGGCUCGGGACGUUCGAGACGGCGCACGAGGCGGCACGCGCGUACAACGCGGUCGCCUAG